CCCCUCUCUCGGCGACACGACCACCAACUCCAACCACUCUUCUCUGCAUCACCCCUCACGCGUUAUUCUUACACUGUAACAACUGGCACCACGUAAAGCAUCGCCCACUGCAUCGCUCCAACGCAACACUCGCAACACGCGCACUUGCCCCCUUCGGCUCCAGUGCAAAUCUUUCGGGCCACCUUCCGAUCAUCCCCCACUCCGUCACACCAACCAACCCUCCACACCCUCCGCCGCUGUGGUGUGUUCAUGUGCCGGCAAAAAACCCGGUAAACACGCGCCGCGCCUCUCUCGAGCAUGAACGCGAACGCGAACGCGACGGCGUCAUCGUCGUCCUCGUCGGGGUCGUCGGCGUCAUCGUCGUCGGCUUCGACGUCGCCUGCCUCGUCCCCUCCCACAACCCCUUCCUCGGACGAUGUCCACUACCCCCUUGCCGGCGCGAACGGCAAGGGCCCAUCACUGCGCGAGCCCCCAGCUGCCGACCUGCGGGAAGCGCCAGCCGCCGCCGAGCUCGACGUCGCCGCGCCGCCGUCGUCACCACCUCGGAGACCGACGACGCUCGCCGACUAUCGCGCACAGGAAGGCCCUACUAUCCGCGCCGCAAAGCUUCGGUCGCUCUGGCAGUCGCUGCCCGACCUCCCCAAUGUGGAAGGCGACAAGCCAACACCCACCCAGCUCAUGCGCCUCCCUGGACAGGACACGCUCACCGCGCUCAGUCCGGAGCGUGCCGAGCGACUACAAACGCUGUAUCAGGAGGAGCUCGUCCGGCGCGUCGGCGAGACGCGCCCAGAUGCCCUGCUGUGGGGAGGUGCAGAUGAUCUCGAGCCGAUUGAUACAAAGGGCGGGGUCCAAACAAAAGGCAUCUCAUGGAAGGCGUUCCGGCGCUUCCUCUGGGAUCAGGAGAGAGAACUCUGGGAGAUGUUCCAAGAGCUGGAUCGGAAUGGCGACGGCGUGCUGGACGCCACUGAACUAAAGGCGGCACUCCAGCGCUCUGGCAUCCGGCUCUCGGAUUCCAACGUCCAGGACAUUGUUCGUUUUCUCGCAAUGGGCGACAAGUGGCGACCGGGAGGCGACACAAAACACAUCACGUUCCCCGAGUUCCGCGAUUUCCUCAUGAUGCUCCCCCGCCGCGCAACGCCAACCGAGAUCUGGAAGUUCUACCAGGUGCACAAGAAGUUUGGCGACGGCCGUGGAGCUGCGCGUGUGGACAAGGACGGUGACCUCACGGCGUCGUUCCCAAAAGCGCCUGGCUCUCCCGAACACUCGACGGCAGCCGGCUUCAUGCGCAAGCACGACCACGACGAUGACAAGAACGCGCUCGACUCUUACGACGACGAGGACGAGGAGGAAGAGGAACCGCUGGUGACCGAGGGAAGACACGAGGCCUGGCGCUUCCUCAUUGCAGGUGGCAUUGCCGGUGCCGUGUCGCGCAGUGUGACGGCGCCGUUUGACCGUCUCAAGGUGUACCUCAUCACCUCGACCUCCGCGCCUGCGCCAACAAGCGGUCACUCGCCCUUCGCCGCCGCCAAGGGCCUGUGGAGUGCCGUCGUCAAGAUCUACCAGACUGGUGGUGGCGUCAAGGCGUUCUGGGUCGGCAACGGCCUGAACAUUGCCAAGAUCCUUCCCGAGUCUGCCAUCAAGUUUGUUUCGUACGAGCAGAGCAAGCGCUUCUUGGCAAAGUACUGGGACAAGGUGACGGACCCGGCCGACAUUUCGUCGAGUUCGCGCUUCAUCGCCGGUGGUAUCGGCGGUAUCACGUCGCAGCUGGCGAUUUACGGUCUCGAGACGCUCAAGACGCGUGUGCAGUCCGAGGUCGGCCCCAGCCAGGGCUGGCGCGCCGUGAGGGAUACGGCCAGGACGAUGUGGGCGCAGGGUGGAUUGAGGACGUACUACCGUGGUCUCACUCUCGGCCUCGUCGGCGUCUUCCCAUACAGUGCCAUUGACAUGGGCACAUACGAGACGCUCAAGGUGGCGUACUGCAAGUCGAUGAAGACGGACGAGCCGCCCGUCUUUGCCGUCUUGACAUUCGGCGCGCUGUCUGGCUCAAUAGGCGCCGCUAGUGUCUAUCCAAUCAACCUCCUCCGCACACGCCUUCAGGCCGCGGGCUCGAGCGGUCACCCGCAAAUGUACAACGGCUUCAUGGACGUGUUGCAAACUACCCUCCGCAACGAGGGUUGGCGUGGACUUUACAAGGGCCUGCUGCCCAGUAUCCUCAAGGUGGGCCCCGCUGUGGGCGUGUCGUGGAUCGUGUACGAGGACGCCAAGCGGCGCCUCGGUGUGUCGUAGGGGCUGUCGGUGGCCCAGCCAGGGAGAGUAAACUACUGCAAUCAGCGUCAAGCCGUCAUAGCCAUCAUAGAUAAUUUGCAUCGCAUUGACAUGA